GCCGUUGCGGGCGAUCGCGUGUCUAAUUGGUGAAAAUGGACUCGGAGGAGUACAGUAGGGACCCGUUCUCCAGCGAGGGCCUGUGGAGGAUCUCCGAGUUCACCCUGCAAUGUCUGCAGCCGUUGGAAUCUUUCCCGUGGGAUGAGAAGUUACCAGAUCUCUCCGGGGGAGUUUUCAAGUUACCGCUCAAUAUAUUCGAUAAAGAUGCGCCUCGAAUACCGGACCUCGAUGUGUUCGACACCGACUUCUCUGAUCCGGAACCCGCACUGCUGCCGACGCUGGAUACCUCGAGUGAGAGUCAUUUUGGAACGAGCUUAGAUCAAGAUGACGACAAGGAACGUGCGAAAGAUGAAGAGCAAUCUUUUGAAGACAUUUGGGCUCUGGAUACAGUUCUGCACAAACCGAACAAUGGGGUUGCUCUCCGGUCUUGGGAAAAGUUCCUGGAUCGAACGCAUCGCGAGUCAGUAUCCGCAUACUUUAGCGAGUCCGGCGCAAAAGGCUUCGACGCGGCGUUGGCACACAAUGAUGCCAAGAACGACAUUACCGAGAGGACAUCCAUUGUUCGUAAUGAUGCCUUUUUUCAGGCUCUGUUCAGACUCGGACUAGGCUGGGGUUCCAUAUUUUUCCGCUACAAUGAACAACGUCAGGUAUUCGAGGCUGUGCACAGCAAUCUUCGCAUCUCCGGUGUAACCGCUCUUACUCUAAAUGCCGUGACAAACGACUUGAUCCAGUGCGGGACCAAGAUGCAGAAGAUCCGACGCUUUGUGGAUAAGAUUCCUGUCAAGUCGAAUGAGCUAUCGACGCUUGGCGCUUUCUCUAGCGCUGCAGCAGUUAUCAUCUAUACCCUUGAAAAGCAGCUUGCCAGACAUGCGACCUAUAUUGCUUCUCUUCUCCAGGUCAAGAGCCUCUUCGGACAAUGCGGGGAUCUAGUGCAUGUUCUGGCGAACAUAGUUGACGCUGUCCAGGGAGCCGUGUCUGAGGCCGAACUGAUUUCCGUUGUCCUUGAACGAGCGGCACACUUCGCGCAAGUGUACGGCCAAAUGGAGGCUCUCCUUCGGCAGAUUGUCAUUUGGGUCAUGGAGCCCUGGCUUACUUAUGUGGAAACCUGGAUUGGGUUUCGCCCUGAGACAUCGACUUCAAUCGAGUUAGCGUCCAGCGGGAGAGCGUUUGCGCUUCGUGAGACGCUUGAGGACAGCCAUAGGUUCUCAUCCAAGGCCACAAGAGUUGACUAUAGAUUCCUGCCUGACCUGAUGCCCUCUUUUGUCCCACCGGAUCAAGCACAGCUUAUCUUUGAAACUGGACGGAGUUUGCGGCUUCUUAAGCUGACCCACCCGCAACAUCCUAUUGCAAGCCAUGCAACUUACCGUGCUGAUUCUGUUGAGCUGGACUGUGCUGGCACGUGGUUGGAUAUCGAAAGGAUUCAGAGCAAAGCAUCCGAGUAUGAGGCGAGGCUUCGUUCUGCAAUUUUGAAGUACAAUCAAGGUGAAUCACUCGAACCACACGCCACUCGGACAAUUGAUGCUUUGACGCCCGAGAAGUCCAGCGAGAUCGAGGGAACGUUUGAACUCUUUGAUAUCGACAGGUCUUCAAAGACAGCAGGACUCUUACCGGAAGAGGCAGCUCUAUCGCAAAAUCGACUCGGACGCCUGAUCGAAGAAGCCCAACCAGUAUACCUUGAGUCUCCGCACUCACAGAGCCACGACCUAAGCCCCGAGUUGACAUCUUCCCCCUACCUUUCCCUCGCGCCGCUCCUAUCCUCUCAGGCCAUCCUAAUCGACUAUUCCUGCCUCCACAUGCUCUUCAAAGAACACAACUUACGCACCCAUCUCACCCUCCAAUGGCGCUUCCAACUAUUAGGGGAUGGCUUCUUCACCACCCGCCUCUCGCACGCCCUCUUCGACCCAGAAAUGACGAGUGGCGAGCGCAAACACGGCGUCGUCCGCACCGCCGUCCACACGGGUCUCCGGUUGGGAACCCGGAGUCGCGAAACCUGGCCGCCCGCCAGCUCCGAACUCCGCCUCGUCCUCAUCGGCCUUCUCGAGGAAUCCUCCUUCUCCUUCUCCUCAUCCACCACCACCACCACCAACAAACCGGAACCCCACACCCAUCUCAGCUUCUCCAUCCGCUCCCUCAGCCCAGCCGAGAUCCAACGCGCGAAGAACCCGCACGCGCUCGAAGCGCUCGACUUCCUCCGCCUGAUCUACACCCCCGCGACGCCGGUCCUCGCGACGAUCUUCACGCCGACCUCACUGACCAAAUACGACAUCCUCUUCCAACACCUUCUCCGCCUCCAGCGCAUGGUUUCAGUCGUGAAGACGCUAAUCCGCGACUCGACAGCCCGGAUCUCGCUGUCCGGCGACACACACAACAUCUACCAGCGCUUCCGGAUCGAGGCGCAGCACUUCGUGCUCGCGGUGAGCGACUACUGCUUCCACGUGGCCGUCGGGGCCGCGUGGACGCGCUUCCAGGACCGGCUCGCGCGGGUGGAGGCGUGUCUGGAGCGGGGGGAUAUCGACGGGACGAUCGAGGCGGCGGGGUCUGUGCAGCGGCUCCGGGAGAUGCACGAGCGGGUGUUGGAUGAGAUGCUUGGGGCGAUGUUCCUGAAAGACACGGAUCAGGGGGUCGUAGACAAGGGGAGGAGAUGGUUGGAUGGGUGCUUUGGCUCGAUUUUGGAGUUUGCGCCGUUGUCGAGGGUGGAUGGUGGGGAGGGCGUGAGGGGUGAGGCCGUCGAGGAGGUUAAGAGGUUGUUCGUCAUGUUUCGGAAGCAGGUCGCUGGGUUUCUGGCGUAUCUGCGAGGGGUGGAGGGGGUUCAUGAUGCUCCGGAAUUGUCGUUCGGAGCGCGAUCGUUGGAGAGGGAGGGCCCGAGGAGUGUAUUUGAUCAUCUGUUGGCGCGGUUGGAGGUGAAGGCGUAUUAUUGAAGUGCUGGAUAGGCUGGGCGGUGAUAUCAGUCAUGUAUUUCUGAUCUAGGCGAGCUGAUUUGGGGGUUGGUGAAUGUAAAUAGGUUGAUUGGAUGACUUCGGUGACACCUCCCUGCUUCUCGAAUCACGAACCUCCCCAGCUCUUGAGAACUGCAAACACCUCUUCAUCUCUCUCAACUGUGAUGGAUUCAGCC